UGUUGAGCAAGGAUUAUAAAAAUAAUGAAAAAUAACCCUAAAUUUCAGCAACCUUGAACUCUUGACAAUGAUUUCUGAGUGAUCAUAGAUCCUGAUUGCCAAGAGUACUCAUCGCUAAUGAAUCCUGAGAAAGAAAGUCUCAAAUUGAAGAGAAAGAACAAAAUUCAUGAUGAACCUAGUGUUGAAGCUAUAGCCAAAGAUACACAGGACUUGAAAACCGAAGACAUAGGUGAUGAGCCAGAAGAGAUCACUGUGAGCAAGGUCUCAGUAUUGGAAAAUCCUACUGAGAUAUUGGAGAAUUGUUGCUCAUGAAAAGUAAAGCAAUCUCAGAAAGAAGGCAAGAGAGAUAGUUUAAACACAGCUUCAUCAGGAAAUGCAGACACUAAGUCAUCAGAAAAUUCUCUUGUUAAAGAGAUCUACCAAACUAUCCUCCAGUUAAAAGAUGAAAUGGCCAGCUUCAACUCAAAAAUGGUUGAUCUUACUUCAAUUGUUCAGGAUAUUAGAUCUUCUUCUGUAGAAAGUCCUUGCCCACCUCCGACUCCUUCAAAAACAGAAAGAGAGAGAAUCAUGAAAUUUUUAGAAGGCUCAUUUAUCAGUCAAGGCUAUAGAACUCCUAAUCCACUUUCUGUACCUCAUCCAGUGACCUCUAAAAGCAUAAGCUUGGAUCCUGUCUUCACUGAAAAUAGUAUGGAAGAUCUCAGUGAGAGAACUCCUUAUGCUUCUUCAGUUGCUCAGCCCAGGAGUCCUUCUGUCCCUCUACACACAACUCCUCAGUCAGAUAAAGAUGUAGUGAAGAAUAUUUAAUGGAGGGUUUAUUUAAGUAAAUGC